AUGAGUCUCUUGAACUUCUUUAUUCUACUUGUCUUGCAGGUAUUUCCUUUAUUCCAAGUACAAGCACUGUCGAGAGCUAGCGAUACAGUUGAUCAAUCGGCGACUAUUGAGAGACUUGAGUUUUCACAGGAUCCACACACUAUCGGUGCUGCUUCUUCAUUUCAGGUUGAAUUUAAAGUUCCCUAUGAGCGACAACGCAUAACUCUCAAUUUGCAACCGUCCCGACAUGUCUUGACACAAAAAACAACUAUUGAGCAUCUUAAACCAAACAAGAAGUAUGGCCAGGUUAUGGAUUUGAAGGGCAGUAGCCCUUUGUUGUUCAAAGGUGUUGCAUUCGUCAAUGACGACCAGAAGCAAACACAACGGAGAGUUGGAUGGGCGCGGAUUAUGGUACGGUAUCGGGAGGGUCGACAUGUACUCGAAGGUACUUUCACCAAUGAUGGCGCCUAUCACCAUAUUUCACUCGACUCCAACUAUCGAAGGACCCGACGACUAAAAACCAGUGACCACACUGAAGCGAAACGAAGAAUGAUUGUAUGGAAAGAGUUGGUCGGUCCCGAGCAUGAUGCUAUUCUACAACGAUCAGCGUCAGAAAAGCCAAGCUGUGGAGCGCAGAGGUUCGAUUCUCAGCAACUUGUCUCUGAAGAGCCCUCUCAAGACGUAAACAAGAACAAAUCGACUUCAUUGAGUAGUUUCACCCGUCGACAGAACCCCAAUGAUUGGUUCGAUCCCGCAAACCACAUUGGUUCAACUGACGGAUGUCCAUCAUCACGACGAGUCGCCCUGGUAGGAAUCGCUGCCGACUGCUCCUAUACAGCUGAGUUUGACGACAUGCAAGAUGCUCGCGACAACAUCAUCUCACUAGUCAAUGUCGCAUCUCAAGUGUACGAAGACACAUUCAACAUUGCCUUGGCCAUCCAGAACCUGACCAUGUCCGAUCCAUCCUGCCCUGAAGAUGCCCCAAGCUCCAUGCCCUGGAAUCUUCCAUGCACCGCGCGUAUAACAAUCAACAGUCGUCUCAACUUGUUUACUAGGUGGAGAAACAGAAUCCGUGACGACAACGCCGUAUGGUCUCUGUUGACGGCUUGCAAAAGUGGCUCAACAGUUGGAAUUGCUUGGAUUGGCAGUCUUUGCAACCGAUCGCGAGGAUCAAGUUUUGGAAGUGGAGGUACCGCAUCUGCAAAUGUGGUAGUUCGCACGGGUUCAGAGUGGCAGGUCUUUGCGCACGAGUUGGCACACAACUUUGGUGCCAAUCAUGACUGUACGUCCAGCGAGUGUAGCGAUGGUUACUCCCAAUCCGAUGACUGUUGUCCACUCAGCAGAUCAACAUGCGAUGCACGAAACCAAUACCUCAUGAACCCAUCGAGCAACCCAGGAAUCGAGGAAUUCUCGCCCUGCACCAUCGGGAGUAUUUGCACUGGCAUCGGGGAGCAGCAUAUCGACACGAGUUGUCUUGUGAGUGAGGACGAUGUUCCCGACAUCAACGAUAGCCAGUGUGGCAAUGGAAUCGUUGAGCCUGGAGAAACAUGUGACUGCGGCGGUGCGAGGCGAUGUCCCUCAGACUCCUGCUGCAAUCCAGACACCUGCCAACUUCGAAGUGGUGCUGACUGUGAUCCUACCACCGAUGGCUGCUGUACCGAUGAGUGUCGCGUUUCUGGUAGCGGUAGAGUGUGCAGAGAAAGCACAGCAGACUGUGAUCCCGAGGAGCGCUGCGACGGAAGUUCAAGUCAAUGUCCCAUUGAUGAACAGAGCUGCGAUGACAGCGAUGGCCCGGACGGUGGCGACGAGGGAGGAAGUUGGUUUGAGAACAAUCGCACAGCUGUAAUCGCAACAGCAGCGUCAAUUGGAGGUUUACUUGUUCUUGUGUUACUUUAUUGCAUUUUCCUUUGCGUGAAGAAGAAGAGCAAGGCAAGAAGACAGAGAGAAGCAAAACUUCGCAGUGGGAGUCUUAGCGAUGGACCGAAUGCGCCCGGUUUCGACCAGACGAGAGGAGUUUCUCAGAUGCCGACGGCACCUCAGAUGACUUAUAGAUAUGGAUAG